AUGACUGAAAACAAUUCAGCAGAAAAUGUAACAUUUUUAAAAAGUUUAAAUCCUCUAAAUGUACUUCUAGAAGAAAUGAAACAGCCUAGUGUAAAAAAACGUGCUUAAACAAUCAAAACAUUCACAACAAUAAGUAUAGCCCUCGGUCCUGAAAAAACACGUGUAUUUUUAAUUCCUUUCAUAAACUAACUUUUUAAAGACGAAGAAGAAAUCUAACGCGAAUUAAUUAAAUUAAUCCCUUAAUUAAUAAAUUAUAUAGGAGGAUAAUAUCACGCACAUUUAUUAAUGGAUAUUAUAUUCAACUAAUUAUAAAAAUAAGAAGAAGUUUAAAUAAGAGAUGAAUUGUUAAUAUGUAUAAAAUAAAUAUUCAAAUAAAUAAAUUUAAAGCAUUUUGAAAAAAUAUUAAUGGACUUCACAAAUAGAACCUUAUAAAAUGAUAAUUUUAGAUAAAAAGAAAUUUCAAUAAUAUUAAUGCCUGAAUUUUUUACUGAAUUAGAUGAAGAAAACUAAAAGGAAAUAAUCGAAAAUAUAGAAAAAUUGUCCACUGACCCCACUCCAAUGAUAAGAAAAAUAAUAUGCUAAAGCUUAGUUUUUUUUGGGAAAAUAAUACCUAUAUUUCCUGAAAACACAUUCAUUCAAAUUUUCGAGAAUUUCCUUUAAGAUGAAAGUGAUUUUGUAAGAGUUCCUUUAUUGGAAAUUUUAAUAAUUUUAAAAUAAAAAAUAUAAUCGAAAACUUAAGAAGAACUUAAUAAUAUUUUCAUAGAGAAAAUUUUACAGGACAAAAGUAUAAAAAUAAAAUGCAAUUUGAUUGAAUAAAUAGAACUUAUUGUAAAUUCUUUUGAAAAAAAUAUUAUUAACUAGUUUUAUAUACCUUCCCUUUUAGAAUUUCUAGGAGAAAAUGCAGAUAAUGAAGUUAAAAUAAAAUUCUUAUAAAAUAUAUUGAAUAUAUAUUAAUUUAUACCUAAUUUCUCACAAUUAUUUAUUCCUAAACUAAAAUUAUUAAUCAAAGAAAAAGGAAUAUAAAUAAAAAAUAAUUUAGGUGAUGCUAUAAUAAAUUUACUUUAAGAAGGCAACAUAGACCUUCUUAAAAUUCUUGAGAGUUUUUUUGAAGAACUUCUUGAGGAAAGCGACAAUGAAUAAAAAUUUAAACUAUUUAAAAAAAUUAAAGACUUCAAAAAAUUCCAAUAAAACCUAUCUUCUAAUGUAAUUUAAACUAUUAUAAAAUCAAUUGAAAAUAUUUCCCAAAGUAAAAAAUGGCGUGUGAGGACUUCUGCUUUAAAUACAAUAUCUCGUUUAGUUCAUGAAGCCAAUUUAUAAUAAAAUCAAGUCGAUAAAACUUUUUUUUAAAUAAUCAAAAAUUUACUCAAAGAUAAUACAGCUGAAGUAAGGCUAGAAAGUGCUAAAACACUUGGACUUUUAGCUAAAAACUUUCCCCCUGAAUUUACCUAAAACUUUAUAUUGCCUGAGUUUUAUGAGUUAUUCGAAAAUAAUAACUAUUUAUUAAGAAUUGGAGCUUUUUUUAGUAUAAAAUAUACAAUAUAGAGUCUUAGUUAGUCAUAUAUAUUUACGUAAAUUAAAGAUUUAUUAGAAAAAGGUGCUAUAGAUAAAGUCCCAAACAUAAAGAUUGUUGUUUUGGAAAUAAUAGAGGAGAUAAUAAAACACUUUGGGGCAAAUAAUACUGAUAAUAUUUAUUAAAUUCUUAAUAACUUAGCAAAGGAUAAGGACAAUCAAGUAAAAUAAAAAGCCAUAUAUAUAUUAAAAUAAUAACAAUGA